CCCUGCCCUAACCUCCGACCUUCUCCUCCUCCCGGCGCACCGACGACAUGGCCCGCACGAAGCAGACGGCGAGGAAGUCCACCGGCGGCAAGGCGCCGAGGAAGCAGCUGGCCACCAAGGCCGCCCGCAAGUCCGCCCCGGCCACCGGCGGCGUCAAGAAGCCCCACCGCUUCCGCCCCGGCACCGUCGCGCUCCGGGAGAUCCGCAAGUACCAGAAGAGCACCGAGCUGCUCAUCCGCAAGCUCCCCUUCCAGCGCCUCGUCCGGGAGAUCGCCCAGGACUUCAAGACCGACCUCCGCUUCCAGUCCUCCGCCGUUUCCGCCCUGCAGGAGGCCGCCGAGGCCUACCUCGUCGGGCUGUUCGAGGACACCAACCUCUGCGCCAUCCACGCCAAGCGCGUCACCAUCAUGCCAAAGGACAUUCAGCUCGCCCGCCGCAUCCGUGGCGAGAGGUCCUAACCUCUGUUCGUCGUCGUCGUGUGUUAAUUACAUCCUUAUUAGGCUGCGUUCGUUCGUGGGAAAUGUGCGUGCUAUUAGUGUUUCAGAACUGAACCUUAGUUGUUCUUCUCAUGGUGGAUGUGCUCUGCCCCCCAAUCUGAUGGUACCAUCUUGUUGUCAUCAGCAAUGGAAAUGAAAAUGUCGGCUUCCUCUUCU